AUGAACAACACAAAGCGAAAGUUCAACUCGCUUCUGCAAGGUCUGAGCGCGCCAAAACCCUCGCCUGCGACCGACAAGCCAAGACAGCCCCGGACGACCGCUGAAGUCGAAGAGCUCCUACAGAAACGCCGACGUUUGGGCGUGCCACAAUCCAAUGGCACAUCCCUCUCCACAAAACCGACGACAGCUCGUUCGACGAUAACAUCCCCUGGCCGGAGGCAAGAAGUCAAGGAGGAGAAGCCAGCUGCGCGGUUCAAUCCCAGCGAUCGUGGAGAAUUGCUCAAGAGGCUUGCGACGUUUCACGAUAUAACAGACUGGACGCCCAAGCCAGAGCGGCUGAGCGAGAUUGAGUGGGCGAAACGAGGGUGGGUAUGCCACGGCAAGGAGACUGUGCGGUGCCUCCUGUGCAACAAGGAGCUGGUGGUCAAGUUGAAGAAGGAAGCCAACGCGAAAGAGGCAAUGCAGCCAACGUCUGCGGAGGUGGAGAAAGCCCUCGUAGACAAGCAACCUCCUACGACUGCCGCUCGCGAGCGCUACAGCAUCGUUGCAGGCACUCAGGGAAAGGGCCUGUCAAACCCUCGCAUGGGCGCUGUUCCCAACUCAGCCUCGUGUCACACUUGUCUCCGACGUCUUGGUCUGUGGAUGUUCAAAAGCAAGGAGAUCAAUCUGGAGACCAACGAGGUCAUUCUGCCCGCGCCAAUGGACCACCUUGAUCCAAUACGAGAGCAUCGCUUCUUCUGUCCGUGGAAGAACGCCGAAAUCCAGAAACGACAGUACUCCAAGCUUGCAGAACAGGAGGCGCAGCCUGGCUGGAGGGUGUUGCUACAGACCCUAGACAACGACGCCCAACUCAGGAGCAUGUACGAAGGGAAACCAAGGAGCAGGCCGCAGUCAACUGUAGACAUUCCUCACACGCCCUCCAAGGGACCACCAAGGACCCCGGGGCCUGCGACACCUGCGACACACUCAGGGCUACCGCUUACACCGGCCACCGUGGCCACUCAGGGCGUUGAAGAUGAGGAGAAGGUGCAGGAGGCCAAGGACAAGGAGAGGUGGGCGAGGCUGAAAAGAGUAAAGAGCCUCUUUGAUCUGCGCGGCGCGCGGAAACGCGGCAAGUCUGCCAGUCGACCCGGGACUAGUAAUUCGACCCGCACGACAGGCGGCGAUGUAGCCGAUGCGACGACCUGA